AUGGAUGCGAAAACCGUUCUCCUCGUCUCACUGUGUGCUGUCAUUGUGACACUGGUAAGUGCCCCCUGGGUCUAUAAUCGGUACAAAAGUGGCAGCGAAACAGAACGAGAUGUCGCAGUCCCUGCAGACACGGUUCAUCCGAUGUUUGAGAACCGGUACCUUCCCUCCAAGGUGCCCAGCUACAAACGGUUCGUGUCGAAGUGUGGUACGAUGGACUUCGGUGCCGUCGGCUGUAGCAUCUGUAAGGUGGCAGUAGCGGGCCUACAGAGCCUCGUCAAGAAGAAAAGCACCCAAGAGGAUGUGGUCGUCUUCGCUACCGAGUUGUGUAAGGUUUUCGAGAUCGAAGACAGUCGUGACGAGUUGUUCGGGGUGGCAGAGAGGCUGGCUCUUACUCCCGCUCAGGCAUGUGGGAUCCUUAUUGGGACCAAUUGUGGAACGCCCAAUGACCCAAACGUCAUGUGGAACGUGACUUUACCCAACAUUCCCAAACCACCGGUAACCCCACCAACAACACCGAAGCCUGGAUCUCUAAAACUACGCAUGCUCCAUCUAACGGAUAUCCAUCUGGACCCGGCCUACAACACGGGGGCUAACACGGACUGCGGUGAGCCACUGUGCUGCCGGAAACAAGACGGAACAGGCCCGUCCCCCGAUACUAGAGCUGGUAAGUGGGGAUCACAUGCCAUGUGUGACACCCCUUUCAUCACACUGGACAGCCUGUUCGCACAUCUCAGCUCCAUACAGGACCAGUUUGACUAUGUAAUAUUCACGGGAGACUUACCCCCACACAACAUCUGGAACCAGUCACGGACAGACCAACUUACCUCACUACAGACCUACACCAAGCUCUUUAAGAAGUACCUUCCAGAAAAAGUCGUCUUUAACGCUCUCGGAAACCACGAGAGCGCCCCAGUAAAUAGUUUCCCUCCAGACUUUAUUAAGGAUAACCAGUCCAUCAGCUGGUUGUACGAGGCUUUGACCGAUAGCUGGGGAACAUGGUUACCGAAGGCCGCUCGUCAGGAUAUAUUAAGAGGUGCAUUCUAUUCCGUAUCACCUAGUCCGGGCUUCAGAAUCAUAUCGUUAAACAUGAACUUCUGUAACAACGGCAAUUGGUGGUUACUGAUCAACACUACUGACCCCAACGGACAGUUACAAUGGCUUAUUACUGAACUACAAAAAGCAGAAACCAGCAGUGAGAAGGUUCAUAUUAUUGGGCAUAUAUUUCCUGGAUCUAGUGACUGUUUGAAGGCGUGGAGCUGGAACUACUUCAAAAUUGUCAACAGGUACGAGAGCACUAUAGCUGGACAGUUCUUUGGACAUAGUCAUUCCGACUUCUACGAAGUUAUGUACGACAACGUCAAUUUCACUCGACCAAUCAGCGUCGUGUAUAUCCCGGGCAGCGUGACGACGUUCGCCAACCUAAAUCCAGGAUUCAGGAUAUAUGAGCUAGAUGGAUUUUACAACGGCAGUUCAUGGGCCGCACUGAACUUUCAGAACUAUUUUCUUAACCUCACUGAUGUCAACGUGAGCGACAAGCCAAACUGGGAACUGGAAUAUGAUGCUAAGGCUGACCUCAAUCUUACGAGCCUCUUCCCUCAGGAGUGGGACAACCUUAUAUAUCGAAUGAAGGCUGACGAUGACCUCUUUCAGAAAUUCUAUAGGUACUACAUGAAGUCAGCCCCUGCUGCCAAGUGUACCGGGGACUGCAAGACCAAGCUUCUCUGUGAUCUUAGGACAGGGCGAUCACACGACCCCAGUCUCUGUGCAAAUAUAUGAGUGUUAAUGUUAGGGUUACUUUUAUUGAAGAAUUAAUUUUAACAAACGAAUUAGAGAAAUCCACAUGGUAGUGCUAUAUGUGCGUUCAAGUAGUUCCUUCUAAAUUAUGUUCGCCAGCUGAACAGCUUGCGUGAACAAUUGAUUUUAUCACAGAAUACAUGUUGAUACUAUUAACUUAAAUGACUGUCCAUAAUAUAAUAGUCUCACCUAAAUUGGUUGAAAAUAGUCGCGUUUGUCGCGCGUUGAGUGAAUUAGCGCGAAAAUAUCCACACACGAAAAUUAAUUAAUACAUUAGAUAGAUUUCAGAACCAAUACCAACGCAAAAAUGUCCACACUACAAUCAGUUUAAUAAAGAGCUUCAAAGCGAACAUUUCUAUCCGCGAAAAUUUCCAUUUCUACAGUAUAUGUUCUAAUCUCCGAUAACUGAAAUGAUUUGUUUUUUCUUAACUUUUGAUGAACAAUUACGGGGGGUAUUCCAAAUAUACUGAACGUGAUUCCAUUCAAAGUCUAGACCUGUGGAGGUAUUUUGUAGAAAAACAGACAAAAAUGUAGCAGUUCCCAAUUUUACGGAUUUCUAUAUAUGCUAUUACUGUUAUUUUAUUAUAUACUCCAGCAUUCAGUUCAAUGUUCUGUCCGGUUGACAAUGUUAGCCGUAGUUGUUAAAAAUAGAUAUGUUUUACGGUUUGUAUGCAUUCCAUGCUUGUUGAAUGUGUGUAAGUAAUUGAGAUAUGUAAUAUGACUUAUUUAAGAUAGUUUCACAGGUAAUACAUUAUGUCAUCGUGUUAAAUUAAAUUUCAAUAGGAUAUUUCACGCCUGUGUGAUGUUAACAAAGUAAUCUAUGUUCGAGGGUAAGAUUUUCAAAGUUUAGCACGAGACUUCGCCAAGUGCUAAAUUUAGUUGUUUUUUAUUGAGAUUUCUCUGCCAGCAUCACACAUGAGUGAUUGAUUAUUUUACUCCAACUCUUUCCUACCACAUGUACCGCGUCAUCAUCAAGGGCGCUUGAAAUGAGUGAACAAAUAUGAGUUCACCCUGGUUAUACUUCAGAAGGUGUUGAUGCGAGAUGGUGACAUUUUCAGAAUGAGGGCGCGUGUGAGCUGUCUUACCUAGGUAUGUCAAGACAGGUUUAAUGUUUCCCUAGCAAAAACGGGAGUACUGCAGUGAAGUGUGGCAGAAAUAAGUAGGUUUCCAGAGAUGAUUUGUAAUGCAUUCGUGAUCAUAUGCAUUCUAAACCUCUAGAAGAAAACCUUAAGAGAACCUUCCAGCGUGUAUAAUACACUCGUGUUAACAUCGUUUAGUGAUGGCUGAAUUAUAUUUUCAUAUUCAUUGACGUUUUUUAAUUAACACGUUUAUUAUCGCAUAUGAUUAAAUAAAAGACAAUGUGAGAUGU